UUCAUAGAUGAGGCUCAGUGCUCGGUGAGUCCGGCUAACAGGACAGAUUGUGGAUAUCCAGGAAUUAGUUCUGAAAAAUGCCAUUCCAGAGGAUGCUGCUUCAACUCAUCUAUUCCUGGGGUCAAAUGGUGCUUCUACCCCAAUGACUACAGUCAAGAUGAGGCUCAGUGCUGUGCGAGUCCAGCUAACAGAACAGACUGUGGAUAUCCAGGAAUUACAGACAGGGAGUGCUAUUCUAUGGGAUGCUGUUUCAACUCAUCUGUUCCUGGGGUUAAAUGGUGCUUCUCUCCAAAAGCCCAAAAUAACACCCAGGAGUGUGGUGGCUCUCCCUAUCGGAGGAGGAACUGUGGGUAUCCUGGGAUUAGCGCAUCACAAUGUGCCAGCAAGAACUGUUGCUUUGAUUCCAGCAUCCCUGGGGUGAACUGGUGCUUCUACUCUCUAGCUCAAGGUACAGUGCACUACUGCUUGAUUUACAUAAUCUUGGCAAAAUCAUCUUAA